GACUUGGUUUGGGAAAGGAGCUGCACACUGACUUCAGCUGUACUCAGAAGAACAGACAGGUUCUUCUUCAAAGGGGGAGGGGGAAAGGAAAAGCCAUUAUUUAUUCCUGAAAAGAAAGGAGGUGGGAAAUUGAAAAGCUACUAUACAGAUAGACACACGUAUUUUAAAGAGAAGGAUGCUUUGGAAGACUUUGCUGCUGCUGCUGUUCUAUUACAGUGCCCAUGCCACUGUGACCCCCAGAUGGAGCAGAGCUAUGCUUUUCCCAGCUGCUCAGCGAGUCAAGAGGUCCUCAGCUGCCUUCCUUAACCCAGUGUUACAAAACUCACUGGAAGAUGUGGUCCUGCUUUAUGAGUUUCUUUUAGCUGAGCUUGACAUUGACAAAGGUCAGAGGAUCUCCAUCAAAGAUGAGGAGCUCGCUUCACUGAGGAAGGCUGCUGAGUUUGACACCAUCUGCAACGAGAUUAUCCCCAAGAGCAUCACAGAGAUCCGCAGGCUGAGUAGCAUGCUGUCUUCCUACCCAAGAGUCCUCAAGAAAGAAGACUUUGAAAGGACAGUGCUGACCAUGGUCUACACAGCCUACAGAGCUGCUCAGUCCCAGGGACACCAGAAAGACGUUUGGGCUCAGUCCUUUGUCAGUCUUUACAAAGCCCUGAAGCACGACUUGAUGUUCCCAUACAACAAGCAGCCAUCAUAGGGGGAGACUAGAUGCAACAGCAACUCAGCCACCUCUUUUGGUUGAUAAUGGACACAUGUAGCACGUCCACCACUUUAUUCUGUAAAGAGUUUAAUAGCCCGCUUUGUGAAAGAUUAUUUGUUUUCUAGCUCCCUCUUGUGGAAUCCACCUUAUAGUUCCAUUUUAAAUGGUGCAAAAUGUCCAGUCCUUAGAAUUCAAUUUUUGUGCUGGCUUGGAGGCAUAUUCUGG